AUGGCGUUCAACUUCAACUGGUCGCCGUUAAUGGCCGACGCCGGCUUCUACACCCGCGCGCAGGAUCUAUUGACGGCCGCAUUGAACAAAUCGCCAAAACCGCCUAUUAUCGUUGACGACAUCAAGGUCACCGAGUUGAACUUGGGCUCGAUACCGCCGGAUUUGGAAAUCCUCGAAAUUGGCGACCUCGCGGAGGACCGCUUUCGCGGGAUCUUCAAAAUGUCGUAUACGGGAGAUGCUUUCCUUACCUUGAAGACGAGGGUGCAGGCCAACCCGCUUAACACCUUUCUGGUUACGCGGCCUUCUUUUGCGUCCCCCAAACCGUUGGCCGCUGCCGCUGGCUUGACCAUACCGCUGCAGAUUACACUCUCGGAAUUUCGAUUAUCAGGGUUUGUCGUGCUUGUUUUUUCCAAGCAAAAGGGCAUAACAGUGGUCUUCAGAAAUGAUCCUCUCGAAUCGUUGAAAGUGUCGUCCACUUUUGAUUCAAUUUCAUUUGUUCGCGACUACUUGCAGAAGGCGAUUGAGGGACAACUACGAGCUCUCUUCAUGGAUGAGCUGCCGGCCAUCAUCCAUCGACUAUCGUUACGACUCUGGGUUCCGGAAUAUCGUGACAGAGAUCAAGUUCCCAUCAAUACUUUGGAGCAGUCCGCGGAAUCGGGUCCCGGUCAAGAUCCUCUAGCCAGUCCCCCGCAGGAUCCGGUUGACGCUUCGGGAAACGCACUCAAUCCAUCAGAGGUUGCUUCAUUAUCAUUAGACUCCGGAGUCGAGAUCCAUUCCUUGUUUUCGCAGAAGAACCUUUUACGAUUGGCUACAUUGACGAACUCCCAACGCACUUUGUCCUUGUUCACGCCAUCUAUUCAAGAUGUUGUAUACAGGGCAUGGACAGCAUCAGCAGAGUUUGGAGAAAGCAACACCCUCACUUCGCCAACCAGUCCGGCACUCUCUCGAACACAGUCCCAUAUCGGGUCAUUGCACUCCUUUACCGACAAUGCUAGCACUGUUUCGAUGCAGAGCGGUGGAUCAAGCAACCUUGGCAGCCACGGCCUACACCUGAGGUCAGGCCGACAUUCCCGAUCUCAUGCCAAAAAACGUAAGAAGCGAGUCGUGGAUUUGCGUCGACCGAAAACCACAGACGACAUGGAAAGUGUUAGCGGAGAUAGUAUUUACUCUGAAACCACGACUAGCGCCCCUACUAUAUUUUCUUCGCCGGCGCAAUUCUCUGAGGAAAAGAAUGACGAUCCAGUAACACCACCACUUUCCCCUCAAAAUGAUAUGCACUUGCCUACCAUUCAUGAACGCCAAAACCCUAGCCAAGGUGAACGAACUCUAACCCGUCGUUCUAAACCUGUGUCGGCUUCGGAGUCCGCGCAUCCAUCGUCUAGUCGCAACUCUGCUCAGAUCUUUGGCGACACAUGGCCAGAUCCAGAUGCAACACCUCGCAAUACAGUUCGUUUACCGAACCAUGAUGGAGAAAAGAGAUAUCUUCCGAACACCGCAAUCCAAUAUGCACCAAUGGCGCACAAUAGUGAUAAUAACAAUCAUAAUAAUCAUACCAGGGAGCAAGCCUGGGUUACCAAGAUGGCAGCCGAACUGGCUCACAGAAUGCAAGAACAGAAAAAUGAUUCUUCCGGAUCAAGACCGUUCCCAGAAUUCUGGGAUGAUCAUGGCCGACAAGAAAUGCCUCCUCCAGCUUAUGGCCAUUGA